UAGUCACCCUCAGGCGGCCUCGCAAGUUCUUAUCAGACAUAGACACUGUGUCAGGUUCAACGAUGUCGAGACAAGGUGGAAAGCUAAAGCCUCUGAAGGCACCAAAGAAGGAACACAAGGAGGAAGAUGAAGAUGACAAGGCCUUCAAGGACAAGAAAAAGGCCGAAGAGGCUGCUUUGAAGGCUGCAAAGGACAAAGCUGUGAAGGGUGGUCCUCCUGGUGGCGGAAUCAAGAAAUCAGGAAAGAAAUAGAAGGGGAAUAAUAACUGUUACAAUCCAUCUCUUGUAUGAUCCAUGCUCAUCAACGAUCUCAGUCUUAGCCUGCGUCCACUAUCUGCCACCUUGAGUAUCUUGACACAUAGUUCUUGCGCGCUUCAAGAACCACGAAGAAGGGAAGCAAAAGUUUGAUACUUGGAUUCUAGCAUCGUUCUCGAAGUAACCUUUGGGCUCGGUCGUAUCAAGAGCCUGGUUCUCUCAUCCCGUUGACUCCCGCUCGGUCAUCGAGUCUAGUCUGUGAUUAACCGUGUC